AUGGACUGGGAUAUGGAUAUGGAUGAUGUGGCUGAGGGCUUUGCCCCUCCGACUGCGUCGAUGACCGACAAUCCGCAGAAGCCAGCAGCGGCUACCUCAGUACCUCCCAAUAAUGUUGAGAACGAUGUGGAAAGCACAACCUUGGUGGCCAACAAGGUGCACAUUCGGGGACUGGAUACUCUGACGACAGAUAACAUCAAGGCCUACGUGAGAGACCACUACGGCUCUGUAGAUAGGAUCGAGUGGAUUGACGACGAGUCCGCAAACCUCGUUUUCGGGUCCGAUUCCGUGGCGCAAGAGGCGCUCAAGGCUCUGAGUGCUGUCGAGGUUGCCGACCCAUCCCAACUCCCUCUUUUGGAGGACAUUCCAGCCAAGCCAAUGGCGUCAAACCCUGAUAUCAACCUACAGAUUCGGUUCGCCGUGCUUUCCGACAGGAAGGCUCCGGGGGCUGCUCAAAGAAGCCGGUUUUAUCUUUUCCACCCUGAGUUUGAUCCAGAGGAGCGAAGGCGGCGCAGCGAGACAAGGAAUAGGUAUCGUGAUCGCGAGGAAGAAAACCGACAUCGUCGCGACGAUCGAGGAAGGUGUCAGCGUGACCGAAGCGUGGAAAUUUUCGAUGCUGGCAUGUAUGACGAUGACGAGUUAGCACUGGCGGACCGCGAGGCUAAAUCAUCGCGGCGUCGGAGUAGAUCAUGGUCAAGGGAUUCGGGCUCGCGCGAGCGAUCGUUUGCGCGACGAAACCAGGAGAAGGAGCUCUUUCCAAGUCACCGGUUGGAAGCAAGUAGAAGCCAGCGUAAGCGCUCAGCGUCGCCCAUGCGAGAUAUCGAUAACGAUGCUGGAAUGGACACGGAAACAAAUCGUGCCGGCACGGCAAGCAACCGCGAAAGGGCUUCCGGGCUUCGAGGCCGCCUGGCGCAAAAUAACCGGCCCAAGGAGCUUUUUCCAACCAAGGGUUCUUCGGUUGGCAAGUCGCAUAUGGAUCGUGUAAUGAAUGGCGCAGAUGAAGCUACUCGGCUUAUGCAAAACGGCAUGUCUGUCAGUGAUACCGAACGCGAGAAGGGCGAGCUUUUAGGUAUUCGAGGCAAGGCUGAACAGCGAAGUUCCAACACAGGCUUUGCUAUCAAGGGUGCGGCGAGUGCAAAUGUCAAGGAGCUUUUCCCGAGCCGGUUUGGUGGCAAUACGGGAAAGGAACUCUUUGCCGACAAGUUGGAGGGCCGUGGGAAGAGGCGGCAGAAGGCUGAAGACUUGUUCUCUUAG